UGCCUCUGACCAGCUGAAGCGGAGCAGGUCAUGGAGGAGGUGCACGCGGGGAUCUGCUCCGCCCACCAAGGAGCCUACGCGGUGUCAAGGAAGAUAACCCUCCAAGGAUAUUUUUGGCCAACAAUUGUUAAGAAUUGCGCGGAGUUUGUGAGAAAGUGCAAGGUGUGCCAAGAGUUCCAGAAGGUACCAGGGAAGCCUUCAACAAACUAUACCCCAAUCAGCACAGCUAUCCCGUUCGCGCGGUGGGGGGUGGACCUCGUGGGUGCGCUUCCUAGAGGUACCGGGAACGUGCGCUACGUCAUUGUAGCCAUUGACUACUUCACCAAGUGGGUGGAGGCGGCCCCAUUGGCAAGCAUCACUGGAGCUCAAUGCCAGAAGUUUCUCGCAAAGCAAGUCAUUUGCCGCUUCGGCGUUCCCAAGCACGUAAUCACAGACAAUGGAACACAAUUCGAGUCCAAGCCCUUUAAUGACUUUCUCGAGAGUUGGGGGAUCAAGCACAGUUAUGCGUCGGUUGGGUACCCGCAGACAAACGGGCAGGUCGAGAACGCCAACCGAACGAUAGUCGAUGGGCUGAAGCGAAAGUUGGAAGCUUGUGGAGGGGAGUGGGCAGAGGAGUUGCCCUAUAUCUUAUGGACCUACCGGACCACGCCCCGAAGGGCAACUAGGGAAACUCCUUUCGCUCUAUGCUACGGAUUCGAGGCAAGGGCACCCACAAAGAUCUCCAUCUCAACCCACCGGGAAGAGGUCUUUGACCCCGAGCGCAAUGAGGAAGCCCUGGCAGCCGAGCUCCACCUCGUACAUGAAAAACGAGAAGCGGCCUUCAUACGGGCGGAGAAUUACCGAAGGAAGGUGAAGAGCUACAAUGAUGGGCGCGUGCGCGCGCGGGGGUUCGUUGAAGGAGAUUGGGUGCUGCGCAAGAGGGCAGUGAGUCGCCCCCUAGAAGGAGGAAAGUUCGCCAAAAGUUACGAAGGCCCAUACAUCAUCAAAGAAGUGGUGGGACCUUCGACAUUCCGCCUGCAGACGCCGAGCGGAGGGGACGUACCCAGAACGUGGAAUGCCGAGAACUUAGUUAAGUUUUAUCAGUAGACUUUUGAUGUACACGGACCCCAAAAUGGGAACCCGCAGAUCUUUUCGGUUGAGCUCAAUGGAAGUUUUUUUUUGCGAAAAGAGCUUGCUUGAACACGCGUGCUCGGCGCUCCUCCUCAGGAGGAAGGCCGAGCGCAGACCAUACCCGG